AUGAUAAAAGAAUCACAGGCGACACCUCCGACAAAAAAGGAGGAGUUAUAUUACCUUAGUCCAUGUAAACCACUAAAUACUUCAUUAUAUGAAGAUAAAGAUAACGAAGAAGAUUAUUGCGCAGAAAAUACAUAUGUCUUACAACAACUUGCAGCUGAUGAUGAAAAAAAUGAAUUAUUAAAUGCAACUUUUUCACUUGGAUCCUCAGAAAAUAUUGACAAUCCACAUGCUCCUCUUUUGCUGACUCUGAAUGCUGGUACCGAUAAACAAGGAGAGACGCAUCAAACUAAAUUUACGUUUAUUUGUGAUAAGGAUUCCGAAGAGAAGAAAAAACCUACCUUUAAAAGCUAUGAGAAAGGUAUAUUAGAGGUCGAAUGGAAGACGCCACAUGCUUGUGGCGAAAAAUAUGGUGAACCAGACGAAAAUAAUGGAGGACGUGGUGGUUUUACGAAAUUUUUGACCAUAUUUCUCAUUCUUAUUUUGACAUAUUUGGGUAUUGGUGCCGCAUACAAUUAUCAUGUCUAUCGAGCGCAAGGAUGGGAUCUAAUACCAAAUAGGGAUUUCUGGCGAGAUGUACCAUAUUUGAUUUCGGAUAUGUUUAAAUAUUUGGCUAGGGCUUUUCAUGGUGGACGCGGUUAUUCGGGUGUUUGA